AUGCAAUCAAGUGAAGGAUCUCCUGAAAUGAUGGAUCAAAAAUAUAAUGCCAUGCGUUUAUCACCAGCCGCAUCGAGUCGUAUACUGUAUCAUGUACCAUGCAAAGUUUGCCGUGAUCACAGUUCUGGAAAGCAUUACGGCAUCUAUGCAUGCGAUGGCUGUGCUGGAUUCUUCAAACGCUCCAUACGCCGCUCCCGCCAAUACGUCUGCAAGUCCCAGAAACAAGGUCUGUGCGUAGUGGAUAAAACACAUCGUAACCAAUGCCGCGCAUGUCGUUUACGCAAAUGCUUCGAUGUAGGAAUGAAUAAAGAUGCUGUGCAACACGAACGAGGUCCACGUAAUUCUACACUGCGUCGUCAUAUGGCUAUGUACAAGGAUGCGAUUUUAGGUGGUCCAGAAAUGCCAGCAUUAUCACAUGAAUUAUUAAUGAACACAGCUUUAACUGGUUUUCCUGGUAUGCCUAUGCCUAUGCCUGGUGCACAACAUACACAUCAUGCAUUGGGUGGUACUUUCCAACCACCGGUUGUGUUAGAUUUAUCAGUACCACGUGUACCACAUCAUCAAGGGCAUCCAGGAUUUUUCGGUCCCAGCGCUGCUUAUAUGAAUGCUUUAGCUUCACGUGUACUUCCACCAACUCCGCCACUAAUGGCUGCUGAACAUAUUAAGGAAACCGCCGCUGAACAUUUGUUCAAAAAUGUGAACUGGAUCAAAAGUGUACAUGCCUUUACUGAAUUACCAAUGUCGGAUCAAUUGCAAUUACUAGAGGAAUCAUGGAAGGAGUUUUUCAUAUUAGCAAUGGCGCAAUAUUUAAUGCCAAUUAAUUUUGCACAACUACUCUUCGUAUAUGAAUCAGAAAAUAGCAAUCGUGAUGUUGUUGGUGUUGUUUCACGAGAGGUGCAUGCUUUUCAAGAUGUUUUAAACCAGCUCUGCCAUAUGAAUGUAGAUAACAAUGAAUACGAUUGUUUACGUGCAAUAACACUUUUCCGGAAACCUGUGUUAAUCACUACUGAAGAGUUGAUAAAUAAUUCACUAUGCACUGGUAGUGGUAGUCCAAACUCCAGCACAUCAGGCGAUUCCCGCGGACUUAUCGAAUCCUCCAAAGUAGCAUCCUUACAUGAUGAUGCGCGUAAUGCAUUGCAUACAUAUAUUGCACGCAGUCAUCCCAAUCAGCCUUUACGAUUCCAGACUAUGUUGGGUGUAGCUACGCUUAUGAACAAAGUCUCCAGCUUCACAAUUGAAGAAUUAUUUUUCCGAAAAACUAUCGGGGAUAUUACAAUUGUGCGUCUCAUCUCCGAUAUGUACAGUCAGCGUAAAAUAUAAGUGUUGUUCCGUCGGCAAUUCUCGUGAUCGCAAUAUCGAAAUGGUCUGCGACUAUUGCGCAAGAAGUGCCUUCUGCGAUCAAAAGUGCUGGAAACUGUGAUA